GGUAUCAGAUCUCCUGGUAGCCUAAAUGAUGAUGUUUCAAGCAUUUGUUUGAGAAAUGAUGGAGUCGACUUUCUCAUCUGAAGAAUUAAAGAUACAGAUGUUCUGUCAGAUCAUCUUUUUGAAUAUCGUGCGAUAAGAUACGUAGAUUAAUGGAUACUUUUGCAAACAUCCCACUUUAAAAGUCGUGUAGUGUUUAAACUACUACUUUUUUCCAUUAGCGCAACUGCUGAAGGUUUAGCGAGGACACUCCCAUUUAACGUAACCAAACGGACCAAUCCUUUUGGGUCAAACAACCGGGGUCCUUUGCUUCUUAACACUUCUUCACGGGCCAGAAAGAGAACCCAGGUGAUCCAGAAGAGAGAUUCUAGAACAGUCUGCAGGAGGGUUACAACAUGGGUAAACAGAACAGCAAACUGCGCCCUGAGGUUCUGAAUGACCUGCGGGAAAACACAGAAUUCACAGACCAUGAGCUACAGGAAUGGUACCGGGGCUUCCUCAAAGAUUGCCCUACUGGCCACUUAACUGUUGAUGAGUUCAAGAAAAUCUAUGCCAACUUCUUUCCAUAUGGUGACGCUUCCAAGUUUGCAGAGCAUGUUUUUCGCACGUUUGACACCAAUGGCGAUACCACCAUCGACUUUCGAGAGUUCAUUAUUGCACUGAGCGUGACAUCCCGUGGGGGCCUGGAGCAGAAGCUUCGCUGGGCCUUCAGCAUGUAUGACCUGGAUGGGAAUGGAUACAUCAGCCGAGCAGAGAUGUUGGAGAUAGUACAGGCAAUUUACAAAAUGGUAUCAUCAGUGAUGAAGAUGCCAGAGGAUGAGUCAACACCAGAGAAACGCACCGAUAAGAUCUUCAGACAAAUGGACACCGACAAUGAUGGGAGACUUUCCCUGGAGGAGUUCAUUAAAGGUGCCAAAAGCGACCCGUCUAUCGUCAGACUACUGCAGUCUGACCAGAGCACCUCACGCCAGUUCUGAAAGCAGCCAAGUGGCAGCACUUGGAUGUCACACUACACACCCACACAAUCGAAGACUUGGAAACCUUAUGAUACUUACAAAUCAUAGGCUACAUUUAAGUAACAGAUCAAUUUGGACCACUGUAGAUCUGAGUAAUAGAUGCACACAAUAACAAUACUGAUCAGCAUCAUGCAAGUCAUCUUGAACUCACAUCUGUUGCUCUCAUCUUGUUUCAUUCCAUAGUCUGAGCCUCCCCAUAAGAUGGGAGAGGGCUAUAGCCCUGUAUCUUGGUCUGACCCCUUGACUUUCAAAAUAGUAAAUAACAUUAGAGAAUAUCAAGUUUUGUGGUUAUAUUAGCAAGCUCAGUUUAUAAAGCCUACAUGCUGUAAAUGGUACAUUUUUAGAUCAGAGAACACUGCCGUAAAAAUGCCUUACGGGCAUUACUUAAAGUAAAGGCAUAUCACCAAAAGACAGCUUUUCUGUCAUUAGGCUUAAAUUUAAACUCAAUACAAGGACACAAGAAUAAGACACACUAAGUACGAGUUGCAUGACAGACUAGCUGAAUACAAAAGUUCCAAUGACGUACAGGUGUGCAAGUACAACUGAUGGGCUUCAGGAAUUUAAACUGCAUACAUUUAAGUAGCGAGGUAAAUAUUUCAGUGUUUGGUCUUGUAACGGACUUGUUUAGAACUUACAUUUCUGUCUUUGGAGAAAUUAUGAUCUUUGCCAGCUUAUGUAUAUUCAUAGCUUAAGAUAUUUGCAAAUACAUUAAUGCUUCAUCAAAUGGUGAAUUGCCAAAACUAGCAUUUGUAUUGAAUUCAUCAGAUUCAUGGGUAACUUUCAGUGGUUAUAUAACAUGACAGGUAUUUAAAGUGUAGAAGUGCAGUAAAUGGGGGGGGGAAAAAAGAAAACAAACAAAUUGCUCUCUGUGUGAUUAACAAUGGACUAUCCAGCCAUACUGUGAGGUACAUACAUCACCUUAUACAGGACAGCAGCUUUCAGUUGAAAUGUUGCAUUUGUGUGUAUGGCAUAAUAGUAAUUCAUUCAUGCACUAUUAGUUAACAGCAUAACAUGCAACCUGAAGCAGUGAGAUGCAGCUGCAAAAUAAACUUGUUCUAGUACAGUACUGGUUUUUAAUGUUCAUAAUAAAUCCCAGUCGGUUAAUUGGCGUUUUUUUUAUUUUCAUAACAAAAUCCAUGUCAAAACAAAGUUGUGUAAGAAAAAUCUACACAGUUCCCACAUGACUUUCUGUCCAACACAAACACAUUGUAAAGCUGGGAUACUGACUCAUUAACUUCCUUCUGAAAAAGUUUUAAAAACAAAGUCACAUUAAAGGGGAGGUGAAAUCAACAGGGCAAAAUUCAUCUUAAGAGAAAAUCCUCAUACAAGGAAGAAAAUGUUUUAAAGUUAAGGACAAAACCAUUAAAUGGUAAUAUCCAGUAACAUAGCUUUCUCUCCUUGGCAAACUCUUUAGAAAGACAAGCAAAUCCCAUAUGUCAUAUAAUAGAUCUCCUCUGGUCUAUUCUGUUUCAGUCAGUGAGGAAUGGAUGCUCCUAAAAGACAUGGGGCUGGGGGAAAAUAUUCUGGGUGUCAUUUAACUGGAACUGAGAAACAUGUAUCUGAAUUUCCAGCAGUGUAUUGUGUGUGUGUGUUUGGGGGGGGGG